CGAAGCCGAAGCCGAAGACGAACCGCCACCACUGCCACUGCCUGCACCACGCCGCCGCCACGCGCACGAUGGCGAGGUCUACAACGCCGACGCGGCGACCGGCAUCCUCCUCCUCCGUCUGCUGCCGCGUCAGGCUAUCCGCCGCCACCGGCGCACGCGCGCAGCACCCGCGCCAGCCGAACGGCGGCCUGAGCAGCCUCCCGUCGUCCGUCGUCCGUCUCUCGCUCCCGGCCACCACCGCCUUCGUGUCGUCCCGCGGUGGCGGCGGCGGCGGCGAGCGCGGGAGGAGGGAGUGCGCGUGCUCGCCCACCACGCACCCUGGCUCCUUCCGCUGCGCGCGUCACCGGAGCGCGGCGCAGCAGGCGGCGGCUGCCGCGCGUCCUCCGUCCGCGCCCGGUCUGCUUCACGGCGACGCGAGGCGGUCGGCGAUGGCCAACCCCCUGGUGCGCAUCGCGGCGGUGGAGGGCGGCGACCACGUCCGCCGCGCCGUCGCGUCGCUCAUCCGCCCGUCCUCCCACCACCGCCGCCGCCGCGCCGCCUUCCUCCCGCGCCCCAGCCGCCUCUCCGCCAUGUCCGCCGCCGCUGCCACCUCGUCGCCAUGAGGAACAACGAAGCGCAUCCAUCACCGACUCACCUCCCAAGCUCGUACGAUCUUAAACAUGCUGCAAUUUUGGAUCUCUUUCUCCGGAAAUUUUCGUACUGUUCAUAGUAGAGCUCAUCUCGUCAAGUCUAACCGUGUUGUUCAUUACUACUAGCUUAGUACUAUACCACAACAUUAUGUCAGACAUUUCUUUGUUAUUUAAUUAAUUUGAUUUUUUGUAUGGAAAGUUAAUCAAGCCCCUGCCAAUCUGUCAUACGCUAAUUCAG